CGGAGAGGGAGAGGAGACAGAAAACAAAGGAGAAAGACUGAGAGGGAGAGGAGACAGAAAACAGAGGAGAAAGACUGAGAAGAAAGAGAACGAAGGAGAGGGAGAGGAGACAGAGCUCAUCAUUGUCUACAGUAUGAACCAGUCCAGCAAGGACCAGAGUGGAGUGGGGACAGCAGACCCUGAUCAGGACUCUCCCAACGUCAUCGUCUACAGAAAGAUUGAGGAGAUAGUGACUCGUAUCCAGGAUGAGACUGAGGGCGUUCCCAUCAGAACUGUCAAGAGCUUCCUGACCAAGAUACCCAGCGUCGUCACAGGUUCAGACAUAGUGCAGUGGCUGAUGAAGAACCUAGCCAUUGAAGAUCCAGCUGAGGCCAUCCACAUCGGGAGUCUGAUUGCUGCUCAGGGAUAUCUCUUCCCCAUCUCUGAUCACGUUCUGUCACUCAAAGACGAUGGAACCUUCUAUCGCUUCCAGGCUCCAUAUUUCUGGCCUUCUAACUGCUGGGAGCCAGAGAACACAGACUAUGCUAUCUAUCUGUGCAAGAGGACCAUGCAGAACAAGACGCGUCUGGAGCUGGCUGAUUAUGAGGCGGAGAACCUAGCCAGACUACAGAGAGCCUUCACUAGGAAGUGGGAGUUUGUCUUCAUGCAGGCCGAGGCUCAGGUCAAGAUUGACACGAAAAAGGAUAGAAUUGAGAGGAAGAUUCUAGACAGUCAAGAAAGAGCUUUCUGGGAUGUCCACAGGCCUGUGCCAGGUUGUGUGAACGUCACAGAGAUGGACAUCAGGAAAUGCAGACGUAUGAAGAACCCACAGAGAGUCAAGAAGUCAGUGUAUGGACUGAUAGAGGAGGGUCAGUCACAGAGCCCGGUACACAUACCCUCACAACUAGCCAGGAAAGGCACUAAAGAGGACGUGGAGAAAGAGAUUGUGUUUCUGAACAGCCAGUUGGACCGACACUGUAUAAAGGUUUCUAAAGUCGCUGAGAGUCUGAUGACCUACACUGAGCAGUACCAGGAGUAUGACCCGUUUGUGGUGUCACCAGAACCCUCCAACCCCUGGACCAGUGACGACCUCUCCUUCUGGGACCUAGAGGCCAGUAAGGAGCCCAGUCAACAGAGAGUGAGGAAGUGGGGUUUUUCUCUAGAAGAAGCUCUGAAGGAUCCGGCAGGUCGCGAUCAGUUCCUCAAGUUCCUGGAAUCAGAGUUCAGCUCAGAGAACCUACAGUUUUGGUUGGCUGUCCAAGAUCUGAAGCGGCAGCCUCUGGAGAACGUGGCAGAACGGGCUCAGGAGAUCUGGACAGAGUUUCUGGCAGAAGGCGCUUCCAGCUCCAUCAACCUGGACUCACACAGCUACGAACGCACCAGCGCCAACCUUAAAGACCCGGGACGAUACAGCUACGAAGACGCUCAGGACCACAUCUAUAAGCUGAUGAAGAGUGACAGCUACACACGGUACCUCCGCUCCAACGCUUACCAGAAUCUUCUGAUGGCCAGGAAGAAGCCUGAGACGGAGCAGCAGCAGGGAAGACGCACCUCUCUGGAGAAGUUCACACGCAGCGUGGGAAAGUCACUGACGGGCAAGCGGCUGACGGGCCUGAUGUCCUGAACCAGGCCUGGGGCUAGAGUAAGACAGCCAUGCCCACUGGAGCUGAUCCACUGUGGGGAGAGUGGUGUUGAGGCUUAGAGGCCUUACUGGGGCCUGGACACAACGUCGCCCACAUAACUGACUCCAGAUCAGUUUCCUGAGCUCCAGCGGAGGACAGACAUCAUGCAAUAAGUCACUUAGAUCUGACACUGGGCGAGUGGCUGCGUCUCAAGUGGCACCAUGUCGUCUUAUAUAGUGCACUAUUUCUGACUAGAGCCCAUGUGAUUUGUGCAAUCCAUACAAGAAAGUGUACACUUUGGAGACUGGCAACAUCCUAGCCUGGGCCUUAGUCUAAAGUAGUGGAGACUGGCAACAUCUUAUCCUGGGCCUUAGUCUAAAGUAGUGGAGACUGGCAACAUCCUAGCCUGGGCCUUGGUCUAAAGUAGUGGCGACUGGCAACAUCCUAGCCUGGGCCUUAGUCUAAAGUAGUGGAGACUGGCAACAUCAUAGCCUGGGCCUUAGUCUAAAGUAGUGGACACUGGCAACAUCCUAGCCUGGGCCUUAGUCUAAAGUAGUGGAGACUGGCAACAUCCUAGCCUGGGCAUUAGUCUAAAGUAGUGGAGACUGGCAACAUCUUAUCCUGGGCCUUAGUCUAAAGUAGUGGCGACUGGCAACAUCCUAGCCUGGGCAUUAGUCUAAAGUAGUGGAGACUGGCAACAUCCUAGCCUGGGCCUUAGUCUAAAGUAGUGGAGACUGGCAACAUCUUAUCCUGGGCCUUAGUCUAAAGUAGUGGAGACUGGCAACAUCCUAGCCUGGGCCUUAGUCUAAAGUAGUGGAAACUGGCAACAUCCUAGCCUGGGCCUUAGUCUAAAGUAGUGGAGACUGGCAACAUCCUAGCCUGGGCAUUAGUCUAAAGUAGUGGAGACUGGCAACAUCCUAGCCUGGGCCUUAGUCUAAAGUAGUGGAGACUGGCAACAUCCUAGCCUGGGCCUUAGUCUAAAGUAGUGGAGACUGGCAACAUCCUAGCCUGGGCAUUAGUCUAAAGUAGUGCACUAUGAAGACAAUAAGGUGCGAUUUGGGACGCAGUCACUGUGUAGUUUAUCAACAUAUAACUCUGCCCGCUCUCUCUCUCUCUCCCUCCCUGUCUCUCUCUCUCUCUCUCUCUCUCCCUCUGGCUCUCUCUCUCUCCCUCUGGCUCUCUCUCUCUCUCUCCC